CAGCCACCAAAAAAUAUGUCAGAAGAUAAAACAAAUGAAAAAUCCGAUGGUCCAAAAGAUUCAGACGGUGUGGCCAGUCUAGAUAAGGCCACUGCAGAGGAAACUACAUUUAGUGAAAAUGACCCUGAUAGCGGGGACAACAGAGUCUCGCCAGUGGAUGGAUUCAACACCAAAAAUACCACCGUUGACCACCACAGGUAUUACCAGUCCUUCACUUAUGCAGGUGUAGAGAGUGCGGGGCAUUACUGGGUUGAUCUGAAUGCCUCGGAGAAUGUCGUUAUAAAUGAGAUGCUCUCGACUUCACACAGGAGAGCAGCAACUGUGACCCUGACUUUUGACUUCCCCUUUUACGGCCACUUGCUACGGAAUAUCACAAUAGCUACUGGAGGGUUCCUUUUCACGGGUGACUUUGUUCACACGUGGCUAGCAGCAACACAGUACAUUGCCCCUCUCAUGGCCAACUUCGACACCUCCUUGUCCAAGAAUGCCUAUGUCAAAUACGCUGAUAAUGGAACGUCGUUUACUGUGCAGUGGAAUAAUGUGCUGUUGAAAGACCAUAAGGAUGCCGGUACUUUUACCUUCCAGGUAACAUUACACGAAACUGGCGAUAUUGUAUUUAUUUACAAAGAAAUUCCCCUCAUAGUUACAUCGAUUGGAGAUGAUCAGCACCCAGUGAAAGUUGGCUUAUCAGAUGCCUACAUAGUUGAUCGGACUAUUUUCUGUAAGUUAUUGGGAAUUCUGUUCUUAACUAUGUGUUGUAUUAUUGUUUUAGGUCUCAUGUUCCCUGUGCAUUAUGACAUGAACGGAGACAUUCAGUCUUAUUCUGGCCAACCUGGACACGUCCCUUGUGUCAAGAUGCUCCUCCCUCUGUCUACCUCCGACAUCGCGUUCACUAAGGAGUGUUCGCCGAAAAUAUUGCCUCUUCAUCUAAGUCAGCUUGCCAUACAGUGCCAGUGGUGCAACAGAAUCGGAAGAUGCAGCAAUGGCUUGGAUAGACACCGUCAGGAUUGGCUACAUAACAGCUGUGAGACCACUAGCAUUCAGAACUCUUGGGAGUGUGCCAAUCUGCCCCCAGUUCCUUCCUCGACCGAUAACCCAUACCAGACUGCGAGUCCCACGUCUGUCGACACCUUUGGUCACAACGCCAGGGUCGAACCUGCCAAUAGAGGCUCAGAUUCUUCCUCUGCCACUAACAACAACAAUGGAAGCAACAGCCCCAGCCAGCAGAA